AUGACAGAUGAACAAAGUUUAUUGCCAGCGUUAUUUUCUGUGCCUAGUCUUCCCAUAGAGCUUCUACUUUAUUAUUUAUACAAGCAUGAUUCCUCAGGCGUUCAAGCUUUUCUGAUAAACAAACUAUAUGAAAUUCCGAUUGAAAAAGUCUUUGAAUUUUUACCUCAGCUGAUCAAUAUUUCUACACAAAAGCAAGAGCAUGCUCCUUAUUCGUCAUUCUUCUUAGACACCUCGGUUAAGUCUCAUGUAUUUGCAGUCAAAUUAUAUAAUAUUGUGAAUAAAUAGCUUACGAAAAAUAAAAUGAAGGAUUUGCAUCAAUAAUUGGCAUAUUAAUUUACUAAAUUCUAAAUUAGACUGUUUUAAUAUAUAGAAAGCAUACUGAAUGCUACAAGCGAAUUUGUAUGAUGGACCUAGAAGAUACUCUCCGCUUCUCCGUAGCACUUUGAGAGAUCUCGAAAAGGUCAUCGUGAAUGGCCAAAAAUCAAGAAAAGGCCAAACUACUCAGCCGCCUCAUCUAUUUAAGCUAAAUAUUUCUGAAUCUGAGAAAGAUUUACUUAUCCAUAAGCAAGCAAGGGCUGAUUAUUUUAAUGACCAGCACAAACUUGCUCAAACGCUAGGAAGAAUAUCAAUAGAACUUAUUUCAGUUCCUGAUGAAGAAAAAGAUACAGCUUUGGCUGAACAAAUACAAGAAUUAGAUAACUGGGUGAGAAAUACAAGGGAAUAUUAUAACAGGCCAGAACAUUCAAAUUAUAUAAAAAGACUUUAUCGCGGAAUUGUUUUGCCAUUGGAAUUUUAUGCAGAAGAAACUUAUAGUGAACAGAUAGUAAGUAUACCUAGUAGUGAGUGCAAAUGCUUUAAGACUAAAGCGAGGGUUCCCUAUAAAAUCAUUGUGGAGACUAUUGAUAUCAAUGAAGAAGAGCUAGAAAAUGAAGCAGAGAUCAGAAACCCUUUAAAAUGCAAUAAAAUAAACGGAGAAAGCAUAAAAACUGCUGAAAUAAAUGAAAUAAAAAGCAUUAGUACUGCAGAAUCAGAAGAUGCAUUGGCAGCCUCUAGAACUGAUGAAAUAGAAAUAGAAAAUUCUAAUUCACAAAUAAAAACAUCUCUAGACUCUCCUUGAGGAGAAGCUUGGGAGGAUACAAAAUCUCGAAUCCAAGCUUCAUCUAUUUUUGGGCACUACAAAUCUUGAAAACUCCGCCCACUAAUAGUAAAAGGCCAUGAUGAUCUCCGACAGGAACUUCUGGCGAUGCAAGUCAUCAAAAAAUGCAACGAAAUUUUUCAAGCUGCCAAACUGCGCUUAUAUUUAAGACCUUACAAUAUCCUCAUAAUCUCCCACAACUCAGGCUUCAUUGAAUGUAUCCCCGAUGCUGUUUCACUUCAUGCGAUCAAGAAAACCUACCCUAACUACACAAACUUAUCAGAUUUUUUCUCUCUCAAUUUCCGUUCCCACUUCCUCGAAGCCCAAAAGAAUUUCAUAGAGAGUUUAGCUGGCUAUUCCCUUAUCUCUUACAUACUAAAUCUAAAAGACCGUCAUAAUGGGAACAUUUUGCUUGACUCCAAAGGCCAUAUAAUUCAUAUUGAUUUCGGAUUUUUCUUAACAAAUACUCCUGGAGGGAACAUAAAUUUUGAGUCAGCUCCUUUUAAAUUGACUAAUGAGAUGGUUGACUUGAUGGGAGGAUACCAAGGAGAGCUUUUCAUUUAUUAUAAAAUUUUGCUUUAUCAAGGAUUUUUAGCAUUAAGGAAACACACAACUGAGCUGCUGCUUAUAAUUGAGAUGAUGAGGCCUGGGGAAUCUUUAAAUUGCUUUAGGGACUCAGAAAGGGCUUUAAAAGAAUUCAGUGCAAGAUUUAGACUGGAUUUAUCAGAAGAGCAAUGCAUGGAAUUUAUUGAAAAAUUAGUAGAAAAGGCAGCAGAUAACUGGAAAACCGUAAAAUAUGAUUCUUUUCAAAGGCUUGCUAAUGGUAUUUUAUAA